CGCACAGUGGCGCGCCCGAGCGUGGCCGCACUGAUUAACGAAGCGAAGAGUUUUCAAGGGACCGAGUUCACACACACACUCACUCAUACAUACACACACACACUCUCUCUCUCACACACACACACACACACGGAUGUAUCUCCACAGAAAUGCGCGAGUUCCCGAGCUGAACAUCGACUGAGAGUUCAGAGAGAGCACGAGAGGAAACUCAGUGGGAAUUAAACAGGAGAAGCUGUGGAGCCUCUGCAACACAUCCACACACCGAGACACGGGAAACUUGAGCCCCACUCUGAGCUGACUUCAGCGGUCACAGUCUGGAGUGGUGAUGUCUUGAACUUGUGGUCCCUCCAGCCCAGUGAAGGACGUGCCAGUGCAGGGCUGCUGCUCAUGGGAACUCCUGCUCCGCCAUGAGUGCUCGUGAUGGCGUUGGUGGCAUCGGCACCCUGGGCCGGAGGCAGCGCUUCGAGAAUGUGGAGUUCACUGUGCGCAUCUACCCAGGCGCCCUGGCCGAGGGCACCAUCUACUGCCCGAUCAGUGCCCGCAAGACCACCACAGCGGCUGAUGCCAUCGAACAUGUCAUCGGACGCCUCCAUCUCGACCGCACCAAGUGUUAUGUUCUAGCUGAGGUGAAGGAGUUUGGUGGGGAAGAAUGGAUUCUGAACCCCAGCGAUUGUCCUGUGCAGCGGAUGAUGCUCUGGCCCCGUGUGGCAUUAGAGCACCGCUCACUAUCUGGCGGCGAGGAUUACCGCUUCCUGCUCAGACAGAAAAACCUGGAUGGUUCAAUUCACUAUGGCGGCAGCCUCCAGAUGUGGCUGCAGGUCACAGAGGAGCGCAGGUGCAUGGUGGAGCGUGGACUGCUGCCACAGCCUGAAUCCCAGGGUGACCAGGCAGAUCUGUGCCGCCUGCCGGAGCUCAACGAGCGCUCGCUGCUGGACAACCUGCGCUCACGUUACCGCCAGGAGAGAAUCUACACCUAUGUCGGAAGCAUCCUCAUCGUCAUUAAUCCCUUUAAGUUCCUGCCCAUCUACAACCCCAAGUACGUGAAGAUGUAUGAUAACCAUACUCUGGGACAUUUGGAGCCACAUAUUUAUGCUGUGGCGGAUGUGGCUUACCACACCAUGCUGCAGAGACAGAGGAAUCAGUGCAUUGUUAUAUCUGGGGAGAGCGGCUCUGGAAAGACUCAGAGCACAAACUUCCUUAUUCAUCACCUGACUGCUCUCAGCCAGAAGGGUUUUGCCAGUGGAGUGGAGCAGAUAAUCUUAGGGGCAGGACCAGUACUCGAGGCAUUUGGGAACGCAAAGACGGCCCACAAUAACAACUCGAGUCGCUUCGGCAAGUUCAUCCAGGUGAACUACCAGGAGAGUGGCACUGUGAGAGGAGCGUAUGUGGAGAAAUACCUCCUGGAGAAGUCGAGGCUGGUCUAUCAGGAACACAAUGAGCGAAACUACCAUGUGUUUUACUACCUGCUGGCAGGAACAAAUGAAGAAGAGAGGGCAACCUUUCACCUCAAGAAGCCUGAAGAAUAUCAUUACCUCAGUCAGCAUUCCCAGAUGACAAAGACAAGCCAGCAGCCUCACUGGGACAGUUACUGUGAGAGUGAACCGGACUGCUUCACUGUUGAAGGAGAGGACCUGAAGCAUGACUUUGAGAGGCUUCAGCUGGCCAUGGAGAUGGUGGGCUUCCUUCCUGCCACGCGUAAACAGAUCUUCUCUCUGCUGUCGGCCAUCCUUCACCUGGGCAACAUCUGCUACAAGAGGAAAACCUACAGAGACGACUCCAUCGACAUCUGUAACCCAGAGGUGCUGCCUGUCGUCUCAGAGCUGCUGGAGGUCAAAGAAGAGAUGCUGUUUGAGGCUCUGACGACACGGAAGACGGUCACUGUGGGAGAGAAGCUGAUCGUUCCCUACAAACUGUCUGAGCGCUUCCGGGACGUCCGGUGUGUCACGCAGGACACACUUGUUACAUGUUUUACAGUCGACAUCACACACUAUAAGAAAAAACUAGGUCUCUAUCAGGACAUGACGGCUGCAAAGAAACCAAAGAGGACGUCCUCGGAGGAAUCAAAGAUGAAGAAAAGACGUUUUAGCAUCUCAGAGGAAUACAGGGCCGAGGGCAUCAGCUGGCGAAACAUCGACUACAUUGACAACACAGGCUGCAUCUACCUGAUCAGCAAGAAGCCCACAGCUCUGUUCCACCUCCUGGACGAAGAGUGCAAUUUCCCUCAAGCCACCAACCAGACUCUGUUGGAUAAGUUCAAACGGCAGCAUGAGGGCAACAGCUACAUCGAGUUCCCUGCCGUCAUGGAGUCCGCCUUCAUCAUCCGACACUAUGCUGGCAAGGUCAAGUACGGUGUCAAGGAUUUCAGGGAGAAGAACACCGACCACAUGCGCCCGGACAUCGUCGCUUUGCUAAAGAGCAGCAAGAACGCCUUCAUCUGCGGGCUGAUCGGCAUCGACCCGUCCGCCACGUUCCGCUGGGCGGUACUGCGAGCGUACUUCAGAGCCCUGGUGGCUUUUAGAGAAGCUGGAAAGAGACACACGCAGAAGAAGACUGGGCAUGAUGACGCUGCUCCCUGCGCAGUUUUGAAAAGUGUGGAUAGUUUUAGCUUUCUGCAGCACCCUGUGCAUCAGAGAAGCUUAGAGAUCCUGCAGAGAUGCAAAGAGGAGAAGCACAGUGUGACCCGGAAGAGUCCACGUACUCCACUGUCAGACCUUCAGGGAAGCAACGCCAUCAAUGACAAGUCCCCACGGGGUUCUCCGGGCCUCGGCUGGAAUGGACGUGUGGGUCGAAACAGCCGCUUAUCGUCCAGCAGCUCCAUCACAGACGAGGACGGCAUCUUCGUCAACUCCGCCAGCAGCAAACUUCUGGAGAGAGCGCACGACAUCCUCAUGAGAAACAAAAACUACAAAUCGAAGCCAGUUCUCCCGAAGCAUUUACUGAACGUCAAGUCUCUGAAGUACCUCAGCAACCUGACGCUUCACGACCGCAUCACCAAGUCACUGCUUCACCUCCACAAGAAGAAGAAGCCGCCCAGUAUCAGCGCACAGUUCCAGGCCUCUCUCAAUAAGCUAAUGGAGACUCUGGGUCAGUCUGAGCCUUAUUUUGUCAAGUGCAUCCGCUCCAAUGCUGAGAAGCUGCCCUUGCGGUUCAACGACAACCUGGUGCUGAGGCAGCUGCGGUACACGGGCAUGUUGGAGACUGUGCGCAUCCGGCAGUCAGGCUACAACAUCAAGUACAGCUUCAAGGACUUUGUUCAUCACUUCUGCGUGCUGCUCCCAGAGAGCACCAGUGCCACCAGAGAGGGAAUCCAGCAGAGUCUGGACCAGCUGGACCUGCAGCCAGAGGGAUACCAAGUGGGAAAGACGAUGGUGUUUCUCCGGGAGGCCGAGCGUCAGCGGCUGCAGGCCUUACUCCAUGAGGAAGUUCUCCGACUCAUCGUCAUGCUGCAGCGGCGAUUCAGAGCCCGGCUGGAGAGGAGGCAGUUUGUCAGGAUGAGGGAAGCAGCGAUCUGCAUCCAGAAAUGGUGGCGUUUGUACCAGCUCAUAGAAGCAGAGGAGGAGUAUGACCCUGAUGUGCAGGAGGGGGCAGCUCUGUGUCUGCAGACGCACUGGAGAGGGUUCAGGGAGCGUCAGAGGUUCAGGCUGUGGAGGGAGGCUGCUCUGGUGCUGCAGCGGGCCUGGAGGUUAUGGCUCCGCCGGCGAUGCACAGCAGCUGUGGUCAUUCAGACAGCCUGGCGCUGUCAUCAAGCCAGAGACGCCUACCUGCGUCUGUACGAUGCUGUGGUGCGACUACAGGCAGUCUGCAGGGGCCACCUCGCCAGGCAGAGCUUCAAAAAGCUGAGAGAAGAGAGACUGAGGGAGAAGGAGGAGCAACAGCAGCAGCAGGAGAAGCUGCUUCAGCUGCAGAACGAUCUGAUGAGUCUCUCACCUGAGGAAGAGGAGGAGCCGUCUGAGAGAACCAUGGGGUCGGACCUCAGCACGUGGGAGGAUCGUUCCUACGAGCAACGAGAACAGAGCCUCAGCAGCCACGAGACCUCAGUCGGGGAGGAAGCAAGAGGAAUAGAACACGCUGAGACAAAUGAUCACUCGUCAACACUGAUAACUGAGGCUUCGGUUUCAAUCCCAGCGUCCACCGUGGUGGUUCGAGAGAGGGCGAGAACAUUAGAGGAGCCCAGUCAGAAAACCACUCGGGCCAAGAGAGAGAGCCGGCGGAUGAGAGAGCUGGAGCAGGCCAAGUUCAGCCUGGAGCUCCUCAAGGUCCGAGCGACCAGCGGCGGAGCCUCGUCCCCGUCGGAGGAACGCCGUUGGUCUGUUGAGCUGGUGCCCCCAGCAACCCCACCCCUUUGUUCACCCCAGGGCACCCCCGACAGCCAGAGCUCCAAGGGCAGCUUUGAGCUUCUCAAUAUGGACGAGGAGCCACCCAAAGCUGUAGAAGAGGUGACGGACAGUGACGACCCCUGCUCUCCUCCUCCGUCAGUACCUGAGCCUGAUGUGGAAGCCGUUCCAACAAGCCUGCAGCCUGAAGAGCCACAGGGAGGAGAGGUUCCUGAUGUUGCUCAACCAGGCAGCCAGGGAAAGAACAAAAUGGAUCUGGCAGCUGCCUCUGCCCCCACACAUCCGCCCAAAAUCGAGAACUACCUCCCCACCUUUUACGUCCCUGCUAGUGAGGGCAGCACAGUCAUCUCCCAUCGUCCUGCUGAAGAGCCUCAACUGAACACGGAGCUGGCAGCGUCCACAGCCAAACCUGCUGUUACAAAGCCCAGAGAGCGGCAAGAACCAAUGCGUCGACCCGUGGUUGUGGUCAUCAGUAUGCAGAAAGAAACGCCACUAAGCGAAGAGCUGAGUGACAUUUUCCGUCCCCCUGUGGAGGUUCGAGAUUCUGUCGCCCCGGCAGGGGAGUUGACACCAUUGGCACAAAAACCAGAACCAGCAACUGUGCCUCAAGGUCCCGUCCCGGCUUCUACCUCUGUCCCCCAGGCCGACCCGGCUGUCAUCGAGAAACUGGUGCGACUGAACGAGGAGAAAGAGGAGAGGCAGCGUAACCGGCGGCAACAGAACGAGAAGGAGAUGAUGGAGCAGAUAAGACAACAGAAAGAGGUGCUGGAGCGCCAGCGGCUUAACUUCGCUCAGUACGAGAGAGACAUGUUUGAGAAACAACGAGAAGAGGCUCUGCACAGGAUACAGCUGAGUCGACAGGGCGGACAAGAUGUUGGUGGAACCGAAACCUCCGGCAAACCCCUUAGACCCAGUUCACUCGCUCCUCACACCCGAACUCAGUCAGUGUCCACUGCCCCAUCAGUUCACUCCCACGCGGGUGUAGACAUCCAAGGCAGCACCCCUUACCCCAAGCUGCCUCCUCCACCUGCAUCUGCUCACAGGGAGAAACACAUGGAGAGCAGACCGGCGGCUGAGGGCUGGGCACCAAAACUCACGCUGGAGUUGAGAGACGGAGGAGGAGGAGGCAGAGCGAGGACGACGGCCAGGAAACCUCCGAGUCAUCAAGGCAAAGUUGACAUGACAGACAAGACGGGCAACAUCUUCUUCUCUCCAAGAGACAAAGUUACAUUUGCAAAGUUUGACAAAGACACUGUUACCGUAGAAACACCUGUGGCCAUACCCAGAGAAGCAACCGUCCCCGUCUCCAAGACGUCUAAAGGAACAAAAGCCCGGGAUGUCGGCAGAGUGGGCCAAAAAAAGAAAGCCCGAAUGGCAAGGACCCGCUCCGACUUCCUCACCCGCGCCCCCAUCGUCUCGGUCGGGGGCGAUUCUGACGAGGACGGCUACGACGGCGUCAGCUCCGUCAGUCACCGUCAUUUCACCCUGCCCCUCUCCAAACAGAGCUCCGCGGAGGGAGGCUUACGAGAGUCCUGUUUCAGUGACUCGGACAUGCCUGCGAGCUCCGAGGAACAGAAGAAGAUGCACAAAACCAUGUCGUCAGGAGAUUUGGUCAAAGUGGACUCGAUGCGCAAGAACUCACAAGAUGGAAGGGUUCGUGGUAAGAUGCGUUUCUGGGGUAAGAACAAGUACGGGGACAAGAAGACGUCCAGAGAAAAACUGAUCUGUGGCGGUGAUUCCCUUGAUGGAGACUAUGGAGACACUGGGCCGCUGCUGGGAGAGGGUCAGGAGAACAUGUCGCCCCCCUGCAGUCCUGACCUGACGCUGGAUCGAGGCUUCAGGGACUUGAAGGAGAACAAGGAGCCGUCUCCCAAGGUGAAGCGAAGGCGCAGCGUCAAGAUCAGCAGCGUGGCUCUGGAAUCAGCUCAGUGUCAGAACGACGCGCUGCAGAUCCUCACGUGCACCAACGACUACAGGAGCAUGAACGACUUCCUCAUGAAGAAGAUCAACGACCUGGACACGGACGACAGUAAGAAGGACACCAUGGUGGACGUCGUGUUUAAAAAGGCUUUGAAGGAAUUCCGUCUGAACAUCUUCAACUCUUACUCCACUGCGCUCGCUAUGGAUGACGGUAAGAGUAUCCGCUACAAAGACCUCUACGCUCUGUUUGAACACAUCCUGGAGAAAACCAUGCGUCAGGAGCAGAGGGACUGGAGAGAGUCUCCCGUCAAGGUGUGGGUCAACACCUUCAAAGUUUUCCUCGAUGAGUUCAUGACCGAGUACAAACCUCUGGACAGCACAACCAGCAGGCCUGCACCUAAACCUGAACGCAAGAAACGGAGGAAAAAGGAUGCUGACAUCGUGGAGGAACAUAAUGGCCACAUCUUCAAGUCCACGCAGUACAGCAUCCCCACGUACUGUGAAUACUGCUCAUCGCUCAUCUGGAUGAUGGACCGGGCCUGUGUGUGCAAAUUGUGCCGGUACGCCUGCCACAGAAAGUGCUGCCAGAAGACGACCACCAAAUGCAGCAAGAAGUUUGAUCCAGAGCUUUCCUCCAGACAGUUCGGAGUGGAGGUUUCUCGUCUGACUAAUGACGAGAGGACGGUGCCGCUGGUGGUGGAGAAGCUCAUCAAUUACAUUGAGAUGCACGGCCUCUACACCGAAGGAAUCUACAGAAAAUCUGGCUCCACCAACAAAAUUAAGGAACUCAAGCAGGGACUGGACACAGAUGUGGACAGCAUGAAUCUGGACGACUACAACAUCCACGUUAUCGCGAGUGUUUUCAAACAGUGGCUGAGAGACCUGCCUAAUCCUCUCAUGACAUUUGAGCUGUAUGAGGAGUUUAUACGUGCCAUGGGUUUGCAGGAUAAAAAGGAAAUGAUCAGAGGGGUGUAUUCAGUUAUUGACCAGCUAAGCAGAACUCACCUAAACACUCUGGAACGCCUCAUUUUUCAUCUUGUCAGGAUCGCCCUGCAAGAGGACACAAACCGUAUGUCAGCAAAUGCCUUGGCCAUAGUUUUUGCUCCCUGUAUCCUGCGCUGUCCUGACACCAUCGACCCUCUGCAGAGCGUCCAGGACAUCAGCAAGACAACUGCAUGUGUAGAACUUAUCAUAUAUGAGCAGAUGAACAAGUACAGAGUUCGACUAAAGGACAUCAACACACUGGAGUUUGCUGAAAACAAAGCCAAGUGCAGACUGACCCUCAUCCGACGCUCAAUGGGAAAAAGCCACUUAAAGCGACUGAGCUACACACCCUCGCCCCCGGUUAGUCCCCGGCUGCCCUCUGUGGCCAACCCUGUGGUGGAGGAGAGCGGCGGCGAAGAGGGAGCGGACUCAUUUCCUGAAAUCUCCGAGCAUCAGCAGGCAGCCAUGCAGCAGGAGGAGAUGGUGUUGAUGGAGCAAAUAGAAAGCCUGCAGAAAGAGAAAGAGGAGUUGACUUUCGAGAUGCUGGCUCUGGAGCCCCGAGCGUCUGAUGACGAGACCCUGGAGUCGGAAGCCUCUAUCGGUACAGCUGACAGCUCAGAAAACCUCAACGUUGACUCUGAGGGAACCAUCUCUGACUUCUCUGAGAGAGGUCCGGGGUUGACUUCUCCAUGGCCUCGAAGGUCUGACGGGAAGAGCCCCCGGCGCCGGGUUCUGCACCGGCAGCCUGACUCGCUGGACUCCGUCGACUCCUGCUACAGUGUUUCCUCCUACUCGUCCUCAUCACACUUCCACCCAUCGUCCUCCUCCUCCUCCUCCACCACCCGGCGCUUUCGUUUCCACUCCAAGUCCCCCGCAAGUCCUCUCCAGGCCCAAGCCCAGUCUCUGAACGCGUCCCAAGCCUCACGGUCCGACAGCUUAGACAGCAGCCCGACAGGAGACCACGAAGGCCCGUAUGACGAACGGCCCCAGUUUACCAGCAGGGGCACCUUCAAUCCAGAGAAGGGCAAACAGAAACUUAGAGGAGCCAAGAAUUUGACCUCACGGCACUCGAGAGACAGCGGCGGCCACGGCAGGGACCCUCCAGACAUACCACAGCAGCUGGUAUUGUAUGGCAGUAAUGAAUUCAUGGUAUAAAGGACACUGGGACGCCAAAGCACUCCCCCUAUCCAGCUCCCACAUGUUCUGAAUGGGAGGUGACGUAUAGUGGCAACUAAUCUCCACUUCUCAAAGCGCUCUUGCUUCGCCUUUCUUUAUUGAAGUCUGCAAAGAAGUUGUCCCCAAGUGCCGUUUCUAGUUCUUCCACCUCCCAACGGGGGAGAGAGACGUUUGGCAGAGGGACCGGAGUGGGGCUCCUCUUCUGUACACUAUACUGCCAGCCAUGCUCUCACAGUGCCUUGGCAGCUCGUUACUCGGCGCCAAGAAGGAAGAUGGAGAAAAGGGAAUGUUGGCAAAUGCGGAGGACCACUCAGCAUCAGGGAAUGUGACGGAGCGGGAAAGCCGGAGCCGUGUACGACAGCAGAAGAAGACGAAGAAGAAACCAGGCGUCACUGACGUUCCAGUGAAUUUACAGCUCUCCAUUAUUAGCUGCUUUAUAAGUUUACAGUUCAUAACAAUGAGUUUAAGCAGUGGUUGUUAUUACAAGUUUAUUUUCCCCCUUAUUUAAUACGUUUUAAUGUCACAGAAAGUCUUUAUAGCUUAUAAUAUACAGGUAUAAAUACUGUACAAAGCCGGAACACCAGCCCCUGCUGGGUAGUUGAAAUAUUUAUCUUUUUUUUUUUUUUUUUUUGAGAACCUUGGACAGAGAACUACAGAAUUGGGCAGUGGAUGAUUUGUGUAUGUGUGUGCGUGUGUGUGUGUGUGCAUGUGCCGAGUGCUCAUGCGUGACCGUGUGUACCGAGAAAACCACUUCAUGUGUUUAAAGUUUGUGCUGCUUAUUUCCCCUUUACAAGGGAGAUACCGCCAUCAAAGGGACCAAGUCAGCUGGUGUUGUUCCAGCCAAGGGGAUCCCAGCUCUGUACAGAAUGUUGGAUGCAUAUUUAAAUCCAUGCAUUCACUGCUUAACAGCCAUAAAACAAUUGUAAUGUACAGUACAGUUCAUAUAUGUACAGUAUAGCGGACAAACGUUAUUCUAUUCUUGAAACCCAUUGUUACUCUCCCCCACCUCCUGUCUCUGAAGUGUUUGCUCAAUAGCAACCAAGCAAGAACAUAAAACCA